AUGUCGGAUCUCAGAAUCUGUAGAAAAAAUCCCAUAUAUAAUUUUGUUCACUUCAUGGUUAUUAUAACUUUAUUACUUGAUAACUAUGAAAACGUUGAUAAAAUGGAUGCUCACUUUUCCUUCUAUAGAAUGUCAAGUUUAAUUAAUGACGAUGAAAAAAUGUCUCAAGAAACCGAUGUUUCCAAAGCUAAUAAUAGCUUUUGGAACACUUCGUCACCUGCAUCGUCAUCGUCCAAUAACGGAAAAAAGAGAAGUGCGACAGAAUUAAUAAGCACUUCAUCUAUAAUUCCUACUAUUAACACAGAAAUGACAUGCUUUGUUCCUGACGAAGAUGUGCCUUUGAAAGCAAAUGGUUCAUUAGAUAUCCUUGAACUCAAAACAUCUACGAAUAGAUUAUGA